UAUGGAUUUACAUGGAACGUUGUUUUCAAGGUUAACUUCAAGUAUGCCAACGUCCAUGCGUUUACGAGAUUUAAUCAGACAGAUCCGUGCUGCUAGGACAGCUGCCGAUGAACGUGCAGUUGUUCAGAAAGAAUGUGCUUAUGUUAGAUCAACUUUCCGCGAGGAAGACGAUACAUGGAGGUGUCGUAAUGUAGCAAAACUGCUAUACAUUCACAUGCUGGGUUAUCCUGCACAUUUUGGACAAGUGAGCAAGAAUGCUUCGCAGACACAAAAAAAGAUAUGUUCUGUGUAUGGUGAGGGAGCCAUUGAUGAUUCCACGUGCCGUAAGUGGUUUAGAAAGUUUCGUGAAAGCAAUUUUAACCUUAGCGAUGCACCACGUUCUGGACGACCAGCCGAGGCUGAUGACGACAAAAUAUUGGCACUAAUUGAAAGUGAUCGACACAAAACAACUCGAGAGAUUGGAGAAAUUCUUGGAAUCAAUCAGUCAACAGUGUCAAGGCGAUUACAUCAACUUGGAAUGGUAAGCAAGGCCGAUGUAUGGGUGCCGCACGAGUUAACAGAAAAAAAUUUGAUAGACCGAAUUUCUGCUUGCGAUUCUCUAUUGAAGCGCAAUGAAAUUGACCCAUUUUUAAAGCGAAUCAUUACAGGUGAUGAAAAAUGGAUUGUGUACAAUAAUGUUAAGCGUAAAAGAUCAUGGUGUAAGCACGGAGAUGCCCCUUCAACCAGCGCAAAAGCCAGUUUACAUCCAAAGAAGGUUAUGCUAUGCAUUUGGUGGGACUGGAAGGGAAUCAUUUAUUAUGAGCUGUUACCUGAAAAUCAGACCAUUAAUUCAGAGAAAUACUGUUCACAACUAAGUGAAUUAAAGCGAGCAAUUGACCAGAAGCGACCUGAAUUAGCCAACAGAAAGGGCAUUGUGUUCCAUCAAGACAACGCUAGACCACACGUGUCUUUGGCCACCCGACAAAAACUUUUACAACUUGAUUGGGAUGUUUUGCCUGCUUAUUUUGAUAAUAUUAUUCAUGAUUACAGUAAAUGA